GCACAUGGCGGGAUGAAAUCCAAAGCCGCAGAGGAACAUAAUGGAAGGGGCAGAAUUGGGAAAUCAAAUUACGAAAGAAGAGAGAAAAAUAUAAAAAUUAGGAGGAUGAAUAUAUCGGUAUUGUAAAAAAUAGCAAAGAGAGAGCGUCCUUAGUUAUUUUAGAAAGAGAAGCUCGCAGUCGUAGAUCUAUUAGAACUGAUCUAACAGAAUCACUAACAUCAACAGUAACCAUCCUUACUCUUUUUCGGUCAAUCAGCUACUGCUCUUUGUGGUUUGGUGAUUAAAGAGAUAGCAAGUUCAUAAAAUGAAAGGUAAUAGAGCUCGUGUAAGAUGGAAUGAAGCAAAUCUUGGGGAAAUUGAAGCAAAUAAGCCUGUAAGGCAGAAAAUCACUGAACCCAAGACACCGUAUCACCCUAUGAUUGAUGAUGAUGGUUCUCUCUCUCCUAGGCGGGGUAGCUUUGACGAUGUUGUCGCUGACGUAAUGCGUGCAGAAGACCUGCGGACUGCAUUGGAUACAGUGGCUUCAUCAAGUAGAAACUCUGGUAGGCGAUCUAGUGACUGGACAUCAUCGGAGGAUGAGGCUGAGCCUAUGGAACAAGAUGAAGAAGAUUCUGAAUCAGAUAGGAGUGCAAGUUUUAAGGAGCACAGACGAGCACACUAUGAUGAGUUUCGGAAAGUAAAGGAACUCAGGAGGAAAGGUUCAUUCUUGGAGGAUGAAGAUGAAGAAAUUGGCAGUGAUAAGGGAAAUGAUGGGAAAUAUGAUUCAUCUUCAUUGUUAAGCGCUGGUGUGGAACAUAUAGACAUCGAAGAGGGCUCUGCAACUUCUAAUGGAGCUCAGAAGCAAAUUGAGCUGUGAUAUAGCGCUUGAAAAUCUGACUGCUUUGAUGUCUUCUAUUAUAUAAGUAUCAUAUUAUUCUGGUAUGCAUUGAUGUCUUCUAUUAUAUAAGUAUCAUGUUAUUCUGGUACGCAAUGAAGUACCGGCAUUCCUAUCUACGGUUCUAUAUGGGUUGUGUAAAUACUAAAUUUUCUUUUAGACUUAAACAGUCAGGACGAUCCAUUUUGACCAUGGGAACAAUGUCGUCUUUUUCAGGUUAUCCUGCUGUCUUUAAUGAUUUAUGAGAACUUCGAGUGCUCUUA